AUGUCGACUCCAAUGGAUGUAGAUAAUAAGCAGAAUAAACGUGCUGGCGAAGCUUCAUUGUCUAAUGUAUUAUCCAGACAACGAGUUCACUUUGGCAGUCUUGAAGAAUCUGAGCGUCAAAAUAGAAGGAAAACAGCCGCUACCGCAGAGGACUUAAAUGGGGUCUCUUUAGAAGAUUUAGUUGACAAUUCGAUGAAUUAUGAAUUGUCCGAGUCUUCUAAAAAGGCACGCGAAGAGCAUCAGGCAAUUUUAGACGAAUUUGAACGUAAGAAACGUGCUAGGACACUCGCUGUACCAACCGAUGAUGGACGUGUUCGAUCAAAGCUUAGAGAGCUUGGAGAACCACAAUGCUUAUUCGGAGAAGGCCCCGGAGAUAGGCGUGAUCGUUUAAGAUAUUUACUUUCAAAACAAGAAGGAACUGAAAUGGUACCUGAUGAAGAAGAAGAAACUGAAUCUGAGUCUGAGGAAGAAAAAGAAGAAGAGUUUUUCACCCAAGGAACCUUAAAAUUGCUAGAGGCUCGGCGAUGGAUGACAAGAUAUUCUUUACCCAAAGCAAGAGAUCGUCUUCAACGGCAACGUUUAGAAUACGAUAUGCCAUUACCUCAAAUAAAAUCAUUACGGAAAGAUUUAUUUGCAGGAUUAAAGUCUUAUGCAAAUUUCAGUUCUCAAAUUGGAGAUGACCGACCAAUUUCACAGUGCAUUUUUUCACCAGAUUGUAGUCUGAUUGCCACUGGUUCGUGGUCGGGAUUAUGUCGGAUAUGGAAUGUACCAAGUUGCGAUACAUUAGUUACUUUAAAAGGUCACACGGACCGAGUUGGGGGAGUUGCCUGGCACCCGCAAUCAACUCUCUCCAUUGAUAGGAAUGUAGUAAAUUUGGCGUCAGGAGGAGCUGAUGAGUUGAUUCAUUUGUGGUCACUGGAAAGUGAAUUACCCUUGGCAUCAUUACAAGGACAUACUGCCAGAGUAUCAAGGGUUGAUUUUCAUCCUUCGGGACGGUUUCUUGGGUCUGCCAGCUAUGAUACUUCAUGGCGUCUCUGGGAUGUUGAAACUACAGAAGAAUUACUUUUACAAGAAGGACAUUCAAGAGAAGUCUAUGCAAUUAAAUUUCAAAUUGAUGGUGCCUUAGUUGCUACUGGUGGAUUAGAUGCAAUAGGAAGAGUAUGGGAUUUAAGAACAGGCAGAUCUGCUAUGGUUUUGGAAGGACAUGUCAAAGAGAUUUUAUCCGUGGAUUUUUCGCCAAAUGGCUAUCAAGUUGCUACUGGAAGUGCUGAUAAUACAAUUCGAAUUUGGGAUAUUCGUACUUUGCGAUGCGCAUAUACUAUUGCUGCACAUAAAUCCCUUGUGUCAGAUGUAAAGUUUUUCAAUGGUUCAUUGGCAUUAGUAAGUGAAGAUUGUGUAAAUGGUAUUAAUCCCACAUUGUCCGGGUUGUAUUUAGUAAGUGGUGGAUAUGAUGGAUUUGUUAAUAUUUGGUCUGCAGACGAUUGGAAUCUGUUAAAAAGUUUAGCAGGUCAUGAUGGAAAAGUUAUGGCUGUAGACGUUUCUUCAGAUAAUAAGUUUAUUGCUUCUUCUGGAUUUGAUCGGACAUUUAAAUUAUGGUCAAAUGAAACUUUGCCAAUUUAA